CUGACUAGGCCAUCCAGGCACCCCUUUAUAAAUUAAAAAAAAAAUUUUUUUUACUAAAUUUUUGAUAUAUUAAAAACUUUUGGCUUGGACUGUAUGCUGUCAUCAUCAGGGUCGGUGCUGUUCUCUGCUCCUGCAUGGUAGCAGCAGCUGUAGCUGCCCUUCCCAGCCCUGGAGGCCUCCUGUACCCUGCCGUGGGCCCCUGGGCCCCUGGGCCCCUGGGCCCCCUGGUCCUCUGGCCUUGCUGCCUUAGCUGCUACUCCCAUGGGUCACAGGGGACAGAUAAGGAGUUUGAUGCUUGCUGGGUGACAUACUUCAUCAAGCCGGAUAUUGAUGCCUGGGAAUUGUGUAAAGGGAUGAACAUGCUUGUUGGCUGUGAUCUGGUUCCAGAACCCAAAGUCAUUGAUAAUGCUUUGCUGACGUGCAGGUGGUUAAAUUUUUGCUAUUGCAGUUUGCAUCCUGCAGAUUGUUAAGGACAAAGCAGGACCUCAUAAGGAAAUCUACCUCUGUGUCAUCCAGAAACUUAGGCUAACUUUAAAUGAACUGGGAAUCUCCACUCCAGAGGAAUUAGGCAAAGUGUAAACCUCAUGGAUGGGCUUCUCAGCAAUGCUCACGAUGCUACUUGAGUGUAAACAAUCACCUGGAGAUACUGAUGAUAAAGUUUUACCUUAUUUGAACACGUUUUCCUUUAUUGAAUACCAAACCAUGUAGUGGUAACUUGGACUUUAAUAAAAGGGAAGACUUUGAAC